AUGGCGAGCUUCGCUUCACAAAUAUCUUUUCUUUUCUUGUUUCUGUUAUUUGCAACAACAUUAAACAGGGUAAUCAGUUGCGAUGAAAAUGAUCAAAGUCUGCUUUUCAUCUUCAAACAAGGAGUGGUCGAUCCGACCAACCAACUCUCAUCUUGGAGUGUUGAAAAAGACUGCUGUUUAUGGGAGGGAGUUCACUGCCACAACAUCACCAGAAGAGUCACAGAGCUUUCUCUCUUCAAUCAUUCAUUAGGAGGUGAGAUUAAUCUGUGUGUGCUUCAACUUGAAUUUCUCAACCACUUGGACUUGAGCGACAAUGACUUUGAAACUGUGAGUAUGGCACCAUGCCAAAUCUCCAAACCUCCCUUUGAUGCUCACAAAUUUCACAACCAAUCACUUGUCACUCCUUCCAAUCACUCAACAAGUUUCUUUGUUGCUCUGCUUUAUCUUGACUUUUCAUAUAAUCAUGAUUUAGUCAUAAAUGACCUUCAUUGGCUUUCCCAACUUUCUUCUUUAAAAUAUCUUAACCUCACUGGCAGUGAUAUUGGAGAUGAUACCAAAUGGCUCCAGCAUAUAGCCAUGCUUCCUUCACUCUCUGAGUUACACUUGAGAUAUUGUGGAUUAAGAGAUUUUCCUUCCCUUGAUUAUGUCAAUUUUACGUCACUUGAAGUUCUUGAUCUUUCUGAAAACUUUUAUACGGUGAAGUCAAAAUUACCUGAUUCAUUCUUUAAUAUCACCAAUCACAUCCAUGAGCUUGACCUUUAUGAUUGCAAUUUCUACGGACAAUUGCCGAAGUCUUUGCUCAAUCUUCAAAAUCUCAAGUACUUAGAUUUAAGGUAUAAUAAUUUUGAAGGAUCAAUUCCAGAUUGGUUAGGCCAAUUUGAACAGUUACAAUACUUGGAUAUCUAUCACAAUUUGUUCCAUGGCAUAAUUCCAUCGUCUCUUGGAAAUAUUUCUUCCUUGUUCCACUUAGACUUGUCCUACAAUCAAUUGAACGGCAAUAUUCUAGUAACCUUGGGACAACUCCAUAAUUUAAUUGUUUUAGACAUUUGGCACAAUUUCUUGGUUGGUGUUCUUACGGAAAAUUUUUUUGCCGGUCUCUCAAGUUUAAAAUCAAUGGACUUAAGUUCAAAUAGUUUCACAUCUGACUUUGAUCCUAAAUGGGUACCAUCAUUUCAACUUGAGAGAUUGCCUAUGGCUAACAUAAGCAUAGGUCCUAAUGUUCCACCAUGGCUAUAUACACAACAGUCUUUACGGAGACUAGAUAUUCCUAAAUCAGGGAUUUCAACAAUUGAUAAGGAUAUAUUUUGGAACUUUGUAGCAGGAAUAGAAGAUGUUGAUAUCUCAGAUAACUUAAUUAGUGAUGACAUAUCCGGUGUCACACUAUCAGCAAAUGUCUCUUAUUUUUAUGCAUCACAUAACUCCUUAUUGGGAUCUAUUUUCUCAUUAUUGUGCCAAUUAGAGGGUAACGGAGAAAGCAAGUUGUUUGAAUUGGACUUGUCAAAUAAUCAUUUGAGUGGAGCACUUCCCGAUUGUUGGACCAAUCGAAAAUCAUUGGGAUUCCUUAGUUUGGGGAGUAACAAGCUAACAGGUAAAGUUCCUCCCUCAUUUGCUUCAUUGGGACUUGAACAGUUGGAUUUGAGUGAUAAUAGUUUCUCUGGUGAAUUUUCAUCAAGCACGCUUAAUUGGACAAAUUUAAGAUACCUCAUUUUAGAGAAAAAUAAUUUUUCUGGAAGUUUGUCAAAUCCGUAUAUGGCACGAUCUUUGGAAGUUCUUAAAUUAAGGACCAACCAAUUUAUGGGUAAUAUUCCACCAGGAAUAUGCAUGCUCUCUUCUUUGCGGAUACUAGAGCUAGCUAAUAAUAAGCUUUUUGGAUCUAUACCUUCUUGCUUAUGCAACAUCACAAAUCCAAAUAACAUCAGCUCAUAUUUUGAUCUUCAUGAAAUGAUGCGCAUAUUUACUAAGGGAAGAGAGUCAGACUAUCGACCUUAUGCAUAUUUUAGUAGGGGUGUUAUUGAUCUUUCUGCUAAUAGCUUAUCUGGAGAAAUUCCUGAAGAAUUAUUCAGUAUUACUCUACUGUGGUCCUUAAACCUGUCUCGAAACCAUUUGAUUGGAAAGAUUUCUAAAGAAAUUGGAGCCCUGGAAAACUUAGAAUCUCUGGAUCUCAGCUACAACAGACUUUCUGGAGAAAUUCCUUCUACCAUAUCUAAUUUGUCUUUUCUUGCUUGUUUGAACCUCUCAUACAACAAUCUCAGCGGACAAAUUCCACUAGGAACCCAAAUUCAAAGUUUUGAUUCCUGGAGUUUUGUUGGCAAUCGUGAACUUUGUGGAGAUCCUCUUCCAAAGAACUGCAACAAAAAAGAAGAAACUCAUGACAACUUAAAGCCAGUUGAAGGAGAUGAAGACGGCGGCUUUCUGAAGUCAUUGUAUCUUGGCAUGGGGGUUGGAUUUGCGGCGGGCUUCUGGGGAAUUUGUGGUUCUCUCUUCCUCAUCAGAGCAUGGAGACACAGAUUUUUCCGAUGGUUUGAUCACUUGAAAGAUCAACUUUGUGUUGCCUUCACCCUCUGGUUCAAAAGAUUUGGUCAAAUAUCAAAAACAGAUCUCCCUUGA